AUGGGGGAGAUCCGCCGGCCAGCCGGGCCCGCAAGCGGGUCGGAAGCGCAGUCGGGGAGUAGCCGCGAGCAGGGGCUCGAGCGGCUUGCUUGGAUCGAUAGGGGCACGUGUGCGCCACUCCCCUUCCACGUCACCGGUGGUCAGCCGGCUGUGGGGCAAGGAGUGGUCGUACACGCGAGAGGACUUUGCCUACAAAGCUAA